GUCGAGUCCGGAGUGAGGAGCUUGGGCGCCGGAGCGGAGGAGUCUCUGAAGCUUAGCUGGCCGCCGCCACGGCCGCCGCCUGGACCUCUCCCCGGAGCGAGCCGCAGGAGGGUCUGUGGCCGCCGUCCUCUGGGGGGCAGCGCGACGGGGGCCCGGGCUCCCGUCCGGGAGGGUUUUUCGUCGUCCCCCUCCCCCCAGCGAGGGAACCCGAGCGGCCGCCAAACAAAGGUGCAGGUGAAUCUGGUGUUUUGGAAGGGCGCCGCGGUCCCGGCAUCACCAUGAAGGCCCUGGAUGAGCCUCCCUAUCUGACAGUGGGCACUGAUGUGAGUGCUAAGUACAGAGGAGCCUUCUGUGAAGCCAAGAUCAAGACAGCAAAGAGACUUGUCAAAGUCAAGGUAACAUUUAGGCAUGAUUCUUCAACAGUGGAAGUUCAGGAUGACCACAUAAAGGGCCCACUAAAGGUUGGAGCUAUUGUGGAAGUGAAGAAUCUCGAUGGUACAUAUCAGGAAGCUGUCAUCAAUAAAUUAACAGACGCGAGUUGGUAUACUGUAGUUUUUGAUGAUGGAGAUGAGAAGACGCUGAGACGGUCCUCGCUGUGCCUGAAAGGAGAGAGACAUUUUGCUGAAAGUGAAACUCUAGACCAGCUCCCACUCACCAACCCUGAACAUUUUGGCACUCCAGUCAUAGGGAAGAAAACAAAUAGAGGAAGAAGAUCUAAUCAUAUACCAGAGGAAGAGUCUUCUUCAUCCUCCAGUGAUGAAGAUGAGGACGACAGGAAGCAGAUUGAUGAGCUGCUAGGCAAAGUUGUUUGUGUAGAUUACGUUAGUUUGGAUAAAAAGAAAGCACUAUGUUUUCCUGCAUUGGUGGUUUGUCCUGAUUGUAGUGAUGAAAUUGCUGUGAAGAAAGAUAAUAUUCUUGUUCGAUCUUUCAAGGAUGGCAAAUUUACUUCAGUACCAAGAAAGGAUGUCCAUGAAAUUACUAGUGAUACUGCACCAAAGCCUGAUGCUGUUUUAAAACAAGCCUUUGAUCAGGCACUAGAGUUUCACAGAAGUAGAACUAUUCCCGCUAACUGGAAGACGGAAUUGAAAGAAGACAGCUCCAGCAGUGAGGCAGAGGAGGAGGAAGAGGAGGAGGAGGAUGAGAAAGAAAAGGAGGAUAACAGCAGUGAGGAGGAGGAAGAAAUAGAACCAUUUCCAGAAGAAAGAGAAAACUUUCUUCAGCAGCUGUACAAAUUCAUGGAGGAUAGAGGCACACCUAUUAACAAACGACCUGUACUUGGAUAUAGAAAUUUGAAUCUCUUUAAGUUAUUCAGACUUGUACACAAACUUGGAGGAUUUGAUAAUAUUGAAAGUGGAGCUAUCUGGAAGCAAGUCUACCAGGACCUUGGGAUUCCUGUCUUAAAUUCAGCUGCAGGAUACAAUGUGAAAUGUGCUUAUAAAAAAUACUUAUAUGGUUUUGAGGAGUACUGUAGGUCGGCCAAUAUUGAAUUUCAGAUGGCACUGCCAGAGAAAGUUGCUAACAAGCCAUGUAAGGAGUGUGACAGUGUAAAAGAAAUAAAAGUUAAGGAAGAAAGUGAACCAGAAAUGAAAGAAAUAAAGAUUGAAGAGGAGGAGAAGAUAAUAAUAAAAGAAGAAAACCCUACUGAAGAUGAUGUUGAAAGAAAAGAAAAUAUUAAACCCUCUCUGGGAAGUAAAAAGAAUUUAUUAGAAUCUAUAUCUACACAAAGUGAUCAGGAAAAAGAAGUUAACCUAAAAAAGACAGAAGAAAAUGAAAAUCUGGUCGACAAAAAUGAUGAGACAACUGGGUUAGAUGAAUCCCUCAGCAUAAAGGUAGAAGCUGAAGAAGAAAAAGCAAAAUCUGGCAUGAAGCCAAGGAGGGAGGAAGAAAAAAGAAAAACAUGUUUAGAUGAAUAUAGUAAAAGAGAUGAAACGAAUAAAGAGGAAGAGGAAGAUGAUGAAGAAGUAGAAGAGGAGGAGGAGGAGGAGGAGGAGGAAGAAGAUGAAGAGGAUGAUGACAACAAUGAGGAAGAGGAGUUUGAAUGCUAUCCACCAGGCAUGAAAGUCCAAGUGCGGUAUGGACGAGGGAAAAAUCAAAAAAUGUAUGAAGCUAGUAUUAAAGAUUCUGAUGUCGAAGGUGGAGAGGUCCUUUACUUGGUCCAUUACUGCGGAUGGAAUGUGAGAUAUGAUGAAUGGAUUAAAGCAGAUAAAAUAGUAAGACCUGCUGAUAAAAAUGUGCCAAAGAUAAAACAUCGGAAGAAAAUAAAGAAUAAAUUAGACAAAGAAAAGGACAAAGAUGAAAAAUACUCUCCUAAAAACUGUAAACUUCGGCGCUUGUCAAAACCACCAUUUCAGACAAAUUCAUCUCCUGAAAUAGUAUCUAAACUGGACCUUACUGAUGCCAAAAACUCCGAUACAGCUCAUAUUAAAUCCAUAGAAAUUACUUCUAUCCUUAAUGGACUUCAAGCUUCUGAAAGUUCUGAAGACAGUGAGCAGGAGGAUGAGACAGGUGCUCACGACAUGGACAGUACUGGCAAAGAGGAAUCGAAGACUGAGUAUUUGGCCCACGCCAGAAAUGACCUUUCAAAGGAGGAACAGAACAGUUCAUUUUUGCUAGAAGAAAGCAAGGUCCAUGCAGAUUUGGUAAUAUCUAAACCAGCGUCAAAAUCUCCAGAAAGGUUAAGAAAAGAUAUGGAAGGAUUGUCUGAAGAUACGGAUUAUGAAGAAGAUGAAGUCACAAAAAAGAGAAAGGAUGUCAAGAAAGACACCCCCGAUAAAUCCUCAAAGCCACAGGUCAAACGUGGGAAAAGAAGGUAUUGCAACACAGAGGAGUGUGCAAAAACCGGGUCGCCCAGCAAGAAGGACGAGAAGGCCAAGAACAAAGAAUCACUUUGCGUAGAAAACAGUAGCAACAGCUCUUCUGAUGAAGACGAAGAAGAAAAAUCAAAAGCAAAGCUGACACCAACCAAGAAAUACAACGGUUUGGAGGAAAAGAGAAAAUCUCUGCGGACGACCGGUUUCUAUUCGGGAUUCUCAGAAGUGGCAGAGAAAAGGAUCAAACUCCUAAACAACUCGGAUGAAAGACUUCAGAACAGCCGAGCGAAAGAUCGCAAAGAUGUCUGGUCAAGUAUUCAGGGCCAGUGGCCCAAAAAGACGCUGAAGGAGCUUUUUUCCGACUCCGACACGGAGGCCGCGGCUUCCCCUCCGCACCCGGCCCCGGAGGAGGGCCCGGCCGAGGGGACCCUGCAGACGGUGGCCGAGGAGGAGAGCUCACCCGGGGCCGAGCUGGACGCGCCGCUGCCCGCCAGCGCCGACAGCCAGCCCGCCGAGGAGAAGCCCCUGGAAGCCAGUGACAAAAAGGCCGAGUUUCCGAGCAGCGGCAGCAAUUCAGUGCUGAACACCCCUCCUACCACCCCGGAGUCCCCUUCCUCGGUCACCGUCACGGAGGCCGGGCAGCAGCCGUCUUCGGUGUCAGCGUCAGACGCUCUGGCCCCAAACCAGGAAGAGGUGCGAAGUAUCAAGAGUGAGACCGACAGCACCAUUGAGGUGGACAGUGUCGCCGGGGAGCUCCAGGACCUGCAGUCGGAGGGGAACAGCUCGCCCGCCGGCUGCGACGCCAGCGUGAGCUCCAGCAGCAGCACCCAGCCCGAGCCCGAGCCCUCGGAGAAAGCCUGUACAGGUCAGAAAAGAGCGAAAGAAGCCCAGGGAGGAGGAAGUUCAUCGAAAAAGCAGAAACGAAGCCAUAAAGCAACAGUGGUAAACAACAAAAAGAAGGGAAAAGGCACCAACAGUAGCGACAGUGAAGAACUUUCUGCCGGGGAGAGCGUCACCAAGACUCAGCCCGUCAAAUCCCUGUCCGCGGGAAUGAAGGCUCACAGCGCUCACAGCGCCAAGUCGCCCGCACGGACACAGUCGCCGGGAAAAUGUGGGAAGAAUGGGGACAAGGACCCUGACCUCAAGGAACCCAGUAAUCGGUUACCCAAGGUUUACAAGUGGAGCUUUCAGAUGUGUAAGUGCAGAUACCGAAUGGGCAGCUGGUCAGUCUGUAGAAGCUUUGUCCUAGUAACUCUUGAUGCUCCGGACCUUGAAAAUAUGACAACUGCUGAACGCAUCACAAUUCUUCAAGAAAAAUUGCAAGAAAUCAGAAAACAUUAUCUGUCAUUAAAAUCUGAAGUAGCUUCCAUUGAUCGUAGGAGAAAGCGUUUGAAGAAGAAAGAAAGAGAAAGUGCUGCUACAUCCUCAUCCUCUUCUUCACCCUCAUCCAGUUCCAUAACAGCUGCUGUUAUGUUAACGUUAGCUGAACCAUCCAUGUCCAGCGCAUCACAAAAUGGAAUGUCAGUCGAGUGCAGGUGACAGCAGGACUUGCUCAAGCACUUUGCACUUAAUGGCUGUGAGGGCCACGUCUUUUUUAUACUGCACAGUGGCACAAAAAAUCAGACAAAGCACUAUUUUAUAUUUAAAAAUUGUUUCUUGACAAGCUGACUUGGCACUUAAGUGCACUUUUUUUAUGAAGAAAAAGUACAAUGAACUGCUUUUCCUCAAGCAAUAAUUGUUUCCAACUUGUCUGGGAAUUGUGUGUCUGGUGACUUGAAGGCCUUCCACUGUGGCUAAUGGAGGCUUUUCACUGCCUGUAGAGACAAUACAGUAAGCGUAAUUAUUGGGUGGCCAGAAAAUGGUAAGAUAACUUACUGUAUAUGUAUUCCCUUGUAUUUUGUUAAAGCUGGAGCAUUUGAUAUUUUUCCAUUUAUUUAUGAAAAAAAUAUGAACCUAUUUUCAUUUGUACAAGCUAAUUGUUUUUUAAAGAGAGUCACUUUGCGGUGGCUUUAAUUGUAUAAGUCAAGCACAUGUAAUAAAUUCAAAACCUGCCGUUAACAGGACAGCAGACAUCAGUCCUGGUAACCAAAUAUUAAAGAUUCUCUUUAAAAAAGACUGAACAUGUUUACAGGUUUGAAUUAGGCUAAAAGGUCUUGCAGUGGCUUUUCAUACCCCUUCAAAUUGGAAUGGAACUACUGUACUUUGCCAUUUUUCUAUAAAUCAGUAUUUUUUUUUAAUUUUGAUAUAAUACAUUGUGUGAAAAAAGAAAAUGGCUAAUAAACUGUAUUAAAUCUUAAACAAUGUAUAGAUUGUAUUUAGCCAGUUCAAAGUGUAUAUUUAUUCAUAAUGAAUUAUAACAGUUAUAUUUUUGUGUUUUCUUGUAAAUGUUUCUUUUCCUUAAAUACAGAUAACUCAUUUGUAUUGCUUAUUUUAUUAUGAGCUACAACAAGAGGAUUUCAGGAACAAGUAAACUGUAUUAGUAUGGUUCAAGGUUGAAGUAUAAAUAGGUAAUCGGGUAGUAGGCCUAUGAAAUUAAAUGCCUUGUAUAAAAUAAAUGAACGCAGAAUUGUUUCCACUUGUAUGGACUUUAUGUUGUAUGAUUCCAACCUCUGUUCUGUUUGGCACUUGUAUUUAAUUCUCCACCUUUGUAAGACAUUUGUAUAUUGCGGAUGUGUUCAUUCAAGCUAUUUAAUACCUGGCACUGUUAAUACACAGUACUUUACUGUACAGACUGUUUUACUGUUUUAAUUGUAGUUCUGUGUACUUUUUUUUUAAAUGGGGCUGGCAUGUUUUAUUUGUUUUCAGGCAAUAUGAUGUGAGAAUUUUGAAGCGUUUUGUUGUAGAUGCUAACGUGUCAGAAUCCUUUACAUUCAACUUUUCUAAGAAAAGCAUUUUCAGUCUUGUAGUGUGUGCUUACAGUAACUAAUUUUGUUGAAAAUGGUUUCAAGUUACUCAAAUUUGUACAGGACUGUAAAGAUUUGUUGACAGCAAAACAUUGAAGAAAAAGCUUAUAGAAUAAAAGCUAUAAAGUAUAUAUUAGGAUCUGCAAACAAUGAAGAAUUAUGUAAUAUAUUGUACAAAUGUAAGCAAAGGCUCUGAAAUAAAAUGCCAUAGUUUGUGAGUCAUUGA